AUGACGCAAACUUACCAUUCAAAUUAUGAAAGAAAGUGCAAGAACAUCAACUUCAAGCAGCUAGGAUGCAAACUGGACAGUGUAUUGGCCCGACUUCCUUCAACCAGAUCUCCGGACUCAGGAGACUCCGGAAGUCUUGGUAGGAAGUCCCCCGGCCCAGGAUCCGACAAUGAUACUCCUUUGUGGCUCCUCCUUCACAUAGCCCCAAUCCGCAACGAGAAAGAUGUUGUGGUUUUGUUCCUUCUCACUUUCCGAGAUAUCACUGCCCUCAAACAGCCUGUUGAAGAAGAUACAUCUAAAGGUGCUAUCAGUGUUGUUAUGUUUGCAGUGGGACUUAGCAAGUUCGCUCGCCUCGCUAGAUCCGUUACAAGAAGUCGUUCUGUCUUAGUCCAGCAAUUUUCUUCUCAUUUGCCUGCCAUCAAAGCAGAUCCCACUAAACAGUCUCAGAUUGCACAUAUGAUAAGUUUGAAUUCCGAUGUCCUGCCUCAAUAUCGUCAAGAAGCUCCCAAAACCCCUCCUCAUAUUCUACUACACUAUUGCGCCUUCAAAGCCAUCUGGGAUUGGGUGAUCCUCUGCCUCACUUUCUACACAGCCAUCAUGGUCCCUUACAAUGUGGCCUUCAAAAACAAGACCUCGGAGGACGUGUCUCUGCUGGUUCUAGACAGCAUCGUCGACGUCAUCUUCUUCAUUGACAUAGUCCUCAACUUCCAUACGACGUUUGUGGGGCCCGGAGGAGAAGUGGUUUCGGACCCCAAGGUCAUCCGCAUGAAUUAUAUGCGAAGCUGGUUCAUCAUCGACCUCCUCUCGUGUCUGCCUUAUGACGUGUUCAAUGCCUUCGACCACGACGAUGACCAAGGUAUAGGUAGCUUAUUUAGUGCUCUAAAAGUGGUUCGACUCUUGCGAUUAGGUCGCGUAGUGAGAAAAUUGGACAGGUACCUAGAAUAUGGAGCUGCUAUGCUAAUCCUACUCCUCUGUUUCUACAUGCUAGUAGCUCAUUGGCUUGCCUGCAUCUGGUACAGCAUAGGCAGAAGUGAUGCAGAAAACGGCUUUGUGCAUAGCUGGCUUUGGAAACUGUCUAACACAACUGGAAAACACUUUUAUUUCAAACCCAGUUCUAAUCCCGAAUCCAACGCAACUCAUGAGCUGUAUAAAGGACCACCAAGAGGUACAAUGUACGUCACGGCCUUGUAUUACACCAUGACUUGCAUGACCAGCGUAGGAUUUGGCAAUGUUGCUGCCGAAACAGAUAAUGAAAAAGCCUUUACGAUAUGCAUGAUGAUCAUCGGAGCGCUUUUAUACGCGACCAUUUUUGGGCAUGUGACAACCAUCAUCCAACAAAUGACGUCUGUGACAGCAAGGUACCAUGAAAUGUUAAACAAUGUGCGGGAGUUCAUGAAGCUCCAUGAAGUUCCGAAAGCUUUAAGCGAACGAGUCAUGGACUAUGUAGUAUCUACUUGGGCCAUGAGUAAAGGAAUCGACACCAAAAAGGUGUUGAGUUAUUGUCCGAAAGAUAUGACUGCAGAUAUCUGUGUCCAUCUGAACCGCAAAGUGUUUAACGAGCACCCUGCUUUCCGCCUCGCCAGCGAUGGAUGUCUUCGAGCACUGGCAAUGUACUUCACAAUGGAUCACAGCGCUCCUGGGGAUUUACUGUACCACACCGGAGAGAGUAUUGACACUCUUUGCUUUGUUGUGAGUGGAUCUCUGGAGGUUAUUCAAGAUGAUGAAGUAGUUGCUAUCCUCGGAAAAGGCGAUGUAUUUGGUGAUGCCUUUUGGAAAGAACCAUCCAUUGGCCAAUCAUGUGCCAAUGUCAGAGCUCUAACUUAUUGUGAUCUUCAUGCCAUCAAACGUGACAGACUUCUUGAAGUGCUUAAUUUUUAUCAUGCUUUUGCUAAUUCUUUUGCGAGAAACCUCGUAUUAACAUAUAAUCUUCGACAUAGGUUGAUUUUCCGGAAGGUUUCUGAUGUAAAAAGGGAACGCGAGUUAUCCGAAAGGAGAAAAGCGGAUCCUAUACCGGAUAUUUCCCAAGACCACCUUGUGCGCAAACUGUUUUCCAAAUUCAGGAAAAAUGGAGGAGACACGGGCAAGUCCAGUUCUUCAAACCAAAUUGCUGCUUUGCCUGACGUUGAGAGGGGAGAAGCUCAGACUCCAACCCCCCCUCAACAAGACGACUCUAGACCUCCUGCUCCUGACGAAGAAAACAGAGAAACCCAAAAUGGCCCGGGUGCUUGGAAUUACGGUUCAUCCCACCUCCGCUCAAAUAAUAUUACAACAAAAAAUGAAAUCACCUUCUUCCAUAAGUCAGUGGACCUUACCGUUGAAAAACAACCAGAUACUUACAGCGAAUCCGAAGUGCGACAGCGAGGCCAUGAUACUAAAGGCGCUUCUCCCAGGUGGCCCAAAACGGCCACUCCUCCAGAAAUUUCAGAAGAAAAACCGCAGGCUAAAGAAGAAAGCGUGGAUUCUCGAGCCGAAGUACAACCUCAGGGUGGAAAGUCGGUUUCGAUUGUCGAAUUCGAGAAACCAACAACAACAGCGGCAGCAACAACAGCAGCGGUAACAACUACAACUACUACUACCACUACUAAAGAAAAGAAAGAAACGACUGCCGAAGGCACGGUGCAGAUACUCACCAGUGGAGUUGUCGGCAACGAGUACCAGCAGAUCGUUUCGAGUCUGAUGGAUAUGCGAGUGGACUUAAAACUCGAAAUUCAGAGGUUGAAUCUCAAAGUCUCUAGGAUAGACGAACAUCUUGUAGAACUAGUGAAAAAGAUGCCAAGACUGCCUAGUACAGAAGACGCAGAUCGGACUGCAGACGGGCGGCCUGAACCUUACCGCCGAGUGAGUGACCAUUCCACCAAACACUCCUCCAAAGGGGGUAAAAGGGACUCGCACCAUACUGGUCCUUCGAAAAAGAAGGGCUCCAAAUCUAAGAGCUGGGCGUCACCCAAGUCACCAACACCCCCUACGCCUUUACAAGCAUCUCCUAAUGACUCGGCUGUCAGGGCUAUGCUUGAGAACGAAAUUGAAGAGCUCCAACGAGAAUCGCUUCCAAACGAAACACAAUAACAGCACAAUAUGACAGACAAGUGGCCUUUCUUGUCUCUCUCUCUAUAUAUAAAUUGAUCAUCUGUUUUACUAGUCAUUAUAUACCUUCAUUCUAGU